AUGAUAUCUCGUAGGUUCCUGAAAUUGAAGCUGAUAUCAGUCAACAAUUGGCCGCUUAUGAUGCUGAACCCGAGGAAGUUGCUCACUAAAUCAUACUAGAUUAAAGAGAGAGAAAAUAACAACAAACAGACAAAAAGCCAACAUGCAAAUAUGAUUGAUGUUUUUGACGGCAUAAAAUAAAACAAUAUAGUGUAAAUUAUAAACGACAAGUUUUCAUAUUGGAUGAGUGCCUUUUUUUUAUUUAUUUUUUUCAUCAGAUAAAAGAAGACAAGGAAAAGGUCUAAUGACAUGUGUAAAAAGGGGAUCCUAAGCGGGAAUUACCUAUCUAAAGAUAUCCUCAUUGGCUUAAAUUGACUUUCAUCUACACAAAAAAGUUUUUUUUUCUUUUUUUUUUUUUCUUAUUGUCUUUUUCUUUUUUGACAUUCAAUGGAAAACAACAGCAAGACGGGGCCACCAUCGCCUACGAUUCCUGAGAGUAUUCCAAGUACAACGCAGACACAAUUUGAAGCUUAUCCACCAGCAGAAUCACCCAAUCUAUGGAAACUCUUCAAGUCUCAAGUUGGAACCAAGGAAGGGUGGUGGGGUGCCUUUGACUGGAAGAUGAUGUGUAUGCCAUCCAUUCUCGUAAAGGAAAAGAAGAAUGCACCCUUUUGGGGAUUGAACAGUCGAUUACCAUUGGGAUUAGCCCUUGUCAUGGGCUUCCAACAUGCUUUGGCAAUGGUUAGCGGAGUUGUCACACCAAUCCUCAUUAUGGUCGGAUCUGGUCCAACUGCCUUAAACUUGGAAAGAGAGGAUCAACAAUACUUGCUGUCAGCUGCUUUGAUCACAUCUGCCCUUUUAUCACUCAUUCAAAUCACUCGUUUCAAGAUAUGGAGGACAGGUUACUACAUUGGAACUGGUUUACUCAGUGUAGUUGGUCCCAACUUUGCCAGUAUUCCUGCAACAGGUGCAGUGAUCAAAAACAUGUAUUCAACAGGAUUUUGUUCGACACAGAUCUUGGAAGAUGGAACAAUUGACUAUUUACCUUGUCCUCGUGCUUGGGGCGCCAUUCUUGGAACAGCAAUGGUGUGUUCAUUAUUUGAAAUCGGCAUGAGCUUUUUACCACCUAAGACGAUUCGUCGCUUAUUCCCACCUAUUGUUAGCGGAACAACCAUCUUAUUGAUCGGAUGCUCCGUGAUUAGUACAGCCUUGAAGGAUUGGGCUGGUGGUUCAGGUGGUUGUGCUUCCAUGCCUGCUACCGGAUUAUAUUCUAAAUGUCCUAGCAUCAAUGCACCUCAUCCGCUUCCGUGGGGUAGUCCUCAAUUCCUUGGACUGGGCCUUUUAGUCUUUGCCACAAUCAUUUUGAUUGAAAAUAUAGGUUCACCCUUCAUGAAGAGUUCACAGAUCAUCAUCGGUUUGAUUGUUGGCUUGAUUGUUGCAGCAGCCUGUGGCUAUAUUGAUCACAGCACGAUCGACACUGCUCCUCCCAUUACUUUCCUUUGGGUACGAACGUUUCCGAUCACGGUCUAUGGACCAGCGAUUAUACCCUUCUUGAUCGUGUACCUCGACAAUAUGCUCGAAAGUAUUGGCGACAUCACUGCCUCAUGUGAUGUAUCUGGCGUUGAAGUUGAAGGAGAACCGUUCCAACGUCGUAUCCAAGGUGGUCUCCUUGCCGACGGUGUCAAUUCAUUUUUGGCUGCCUGUAUGACGAUCACGCCUGUGGUUACGUUUGCACAAAACAAUGGUGUUAUUGCCAUGACGCGUUGUGCCAAUCGGCUUGCGGGAUAUUGCUGUUGCUUCUUUAUUUUGCUCUUUGGCAUCUUUGGAAAGAUCUCGUCUGUCUUCUUGGCCAUUCCUGCACCUGUUCUCGGCGGCAUGAAUGCUUUCCUCUUUGCAUCCGUCACUGUUUCUGGUAUUCGUAUCCUUGCUUAUCUCGACUGGACUCGACGCGAUCGAUUUAUUGUGACUUGUUCGUUGGCCCUUGGACUAGGUGUCACCUUGGUUCCUACUUGGUUCACUCAUGUCUUUAGUUAUUCUGGAGAUAAUUUGGCACUCAAGGGGUUCCUGAGUGCUAUUGAAACCAUUGUUGAUACUGGAUACUGUAUCGGGUCACUCAUGGCUAUUUUCUUAAAUUUGGUCAUCCCAGCCGAAUGGGGACCGGAAACAGUCAAGGAGAUUGAAGAAAAGAUGCAGCAAGAAAAGGAAGCGAUCCGUGAUGGCUUUAUUCAAAACUCUGUUCAAGAUCCACUUGAACGUAUUUAAUUGUACAAAACAAAUAAACCCUUUUAGAAAUUGACUCGGGAUAAUCUUGUACAACUCAACCGCGCGCGUUACUGUUCCCCCCGCCUCCAGAAAUUGGGUAUAAAUACAUAACCAAAAAUUUUCCCCUCUUCCUCUUUUUCUUC